AUGCAAGUUGAUAUUUACUUGGUUGUUUUUCUUUCGAUUCUAAUCGUUCAAACCAAUGGAGUUCCUCGUUUUGCCAAUUAUUAUCAAGAUCAUAUGGUGUUACAAAGAGGACCUCAACGCGCUUUAGUUUGGGGUUAUGGUGAUGCGAAUAAAUUAACAAGUUUAAGAAUUGGAGACAAAAUCUACGAAACUGUCAGCCGAUCAAAGUCUGCGGAUGGUUUCAGCGAAGGUACAUGGUCGAUAACACUUGAUCCUGUUGAUGAUGAAGGUCCUUAUGAUAUUCAAGUGUCUCAACCAUUGACGAAUGGAACAUUGAUGACAAUUACUCUUCAUGAUGUUCUUUUCGGUGAUGUUUGGCUUUGUUCAGGACAGUCCAAUAUGCAAAUGACAAUGAGAGAUAUUUUCAAUGCAACAGAAGAAAUAGCCAAUGCAGAAAAAUACCCAAAAAUACGUGUAUUCACUAACGGACGUACACCUUCCUCUACACCUGUAGAAGAAUCAAUACAAAUUAUACAAAAAUGGUCAAUUGCUUCAUCUUCAAGUAUUGGUGGUCCAUCAUGGACAUAUUUUUCAGCUGUUUGUUGGCUUUAUGGUCGAAUGAUUCAUGAAGCAUUGGGUGGACGACCAAUUGGACUGAUUGCAACGAGUUAUGGUGGUACAGCGAUUGAAUUAUGGAUGCCACAAGAUGCUUUUCUAAAAUGUUAUCCACCAUCACUCAACUCGAAGAGAAUGGCUGAUCCGAUGACAAAUUCAAGUUUAUAUAACGGAAUGAUACAUCAAUUUACACGAAUGGUGAUCUAUGGUGUUAUUUGGUAUCAAGGUGAAUCAAAUAGUGGAAGAAACAAUGNUCCCGUAUCAUUAUUUCUCUCUAAAUCUCUUUAUUUUUCGAAAAAUCACUACGACUGUUGA